CGAAUGUACUGUACAGACAGAAGUCGUAGCUAAAAUAAAACAGGAAUGAAGGAUACAGAGUUUGCCAUUUGUGUGUUUUAUGACUAUAGAGUACAAGGAGUGUGUAUCUUGGACCAUAUUAUUAUAACCUUGACGGGGUUUUGAACAGUUCGACACGUGAAAAGUGGGACGGGUAAACUGUUUGAGCAUAUAAUCAAAACUAUUUUCAGUUGCUACCUAAAUUCUUCUGUAGAGUUUUGCUCUAAUUGACCAUCGGGUGUUGAUAAUUGAAGUCAACUAUAAACUUGGUGUUGGAAAAUGAUUGAUUUAACGGAAGAAAUAACAGAACCGUCAUCCAUACACAUUACAGAUGAAGAUCAGAGAAGAGCUGGUGAUAUUUUUCUGGAUUAUAGCGUAUUUACCAAACCCGUAUAUGAAACACCAAAAAAGCCACAACCUAAACAAACCGGAAUUAGAAAUAUUAUGAUUACAUCAGCAUUGCCUUAUGUAAAUAAUGUACCUCAUCUGGGCAACAUGAUUGGAUCGACCUUAAGUGCAAGUGUAUUCGCUUUGUACUGUGAUUUGGCUGGAUAUAAUGUGCUAUCUAUUUGUGGAACUGAUGAAUAUGGAACUGCGACUGAAGCAAAAGCAGUCUCAGAGAAUAUGACUCCUCGUCAGAUCUGUGAUAAGUUUCAUAAGUUGCAUUGUGAUAUAUACAAAUGGUUUCAAAUUGAAUUCGAUUAUUUUGGACGAACUACUACUGAUCAACAUACCGAAAUAGUUCAGGAGUUGUUUAAACGCCUGUGGGAUAAGGGUUUUAUCACUGAAGAUUCUGUUGAACAGUUGUAUUGCGAAAAAUGCCCAAAAUUUCUUGCAGAUCGUUUUGUUGAAGGAGUUUGCCCUUUGUGUAAAUACGAUGACGCACGAGGUGAUCAAUGUGAUAAAUGCGGGCGUCUCAUGAAUGCUGUCGAAUUAAUCGAACCACGUUGUAAGAUAUGUUGUCAAAGACCUGUGGUGCGUUCUUCACGCCAUUUGUUUCUUGAUCUUCCAAAGAUUGAAAGCAAGUUGAGUACAUUUGUUGAACAACGUAUUAACGAUUCCUCUUGUAUAUGGACCUCAAAUGCUUGUACUAUAUCAAAUUCAUGGUUGAGAGAUGGUUUAAAGCCAAGGUGUAUUACACGUGAUUUGCAUUGGGGUGUACCAGUCCCAUUGGAAGCUUAUAAAGAUAAGGUGUUUUAUGUUUGGUUCGAUGCACCUAUUGGUUAUAUUUCGAUUACGGCAAAUUACACAAAACACUGGAAGGAAUGGUGGCAACCAUCUGAUGACAGUGAAAUUGAAUUAUUCCAAUUUAUGGCAAAAGAUAAUGUUCCAUUUCAUGCUAUUGUAUUUCCUUCAUGUUUGUUAGCAGCCGAUGCUGGUUAUACUCUCGUAAAACAUCUACUUUCUACUGAGUAUAUGAACUAUGAAAAUACCAAAUUUUCAAAAAGUCGUGGAAUUGGUGUAUUUGGUGAUGAUGCAAUGAAAUCAGGUGUUAUAUCAGAUGUUUGGAGAUUUUAUUUACUGUAUCGUAGACCUGAAUCACAAGAUAGUGCUUUUAUCUGGGAUGAUUUCAUGUUGGUAAAUAACUCAGAAUUGUUGAAUAAUUUAGGUAAUUUUGUUAAUCGAUCUCUUUCUUUUGUGUCACGAUUUUUCAAUUCGAUUAUUCCAUCAAUAACAAAAUUAGAACCGGUUGAUACGGAAUUUUUGGCCAGAAUUAAUAAACUCUUCGCUAGUUAUAUGCGCAAUAUGGAGUUAUGUCAUCUUCGAGAUGCUAUUCGAAAUGUAUUGACAAUUGCUCGUCUUGGUAAUGGUUACUUUCAAGCUAAUCAACCGUGGGUCGCUGUUAAAAAACCGGAAACAAAACAGCGUUCUGGUGUUGUGAUAAGCGUUGCUGCGAAUGUUGCUUGUCUUCUUGGUGCUAUGAUUUAUCCUUACAUGCCUACAAUUGGAAAACAGAUCUGGAUUGAGCAGUGUGAUCUUCCGGAAUCCCAAAUGAGUUUCGUGCAGAUUAUUAAAAAUGAAUUUACAGUGAAGAGGUUGUUACCUGAUGGUCAUCGUAUUGGAAAGCCAGUCCCUCUUUUUCGGAAAAUAGAUCCUGAUGAAAUCAAACGUUUGUCUCAAGUUUACAGUGGUUCAUCUGCUGCGUCUGUGACUAAUGGAAAUGAGCCGAAGUAAAAGAAUCAUUAAUGUAUGUGUGACUUUCCUGUGACAAUUAAUUUAUCAAAGUACUUGUUCUAACUAUUGCUUCACCACUUAUGUACUUUAUGGAAUACAUGUACCUUUUAAAGCAUUACUUUGUAUAUCCUACUACUUUUGGCUAUUAAAUAAAAAUUUGACCCUGGUUUUACAGACAGCGCGAUUUAAAAUUUGACUUGCG